AGUCGGAAUGGGGAAAAAAACACAAAAGGAUUUCUUAGGGUUUGUUUGAUUGAUCCAAGCGGAAGAGAAAAUCGAAAGAGAGAGAAGGCAUGGAAGAAGCGUUGAUGAGCGCCUCAACAAUCGCAGACCAGCGUCAGAAGAUCGAACAGUACAAACUCAUCCUCUCAUCUGUUCUCUCCUCCAACGACCUUCUCCAAUCCAAACACUUCAUCGAUCACAUUCUGUCGGAUGAUGUGCCGUUGGUAGUUUCGAGGCAGCUUUUGCAGUCUUUCGCACAAGAGGUCGGGAGGCUGGAACCAGAGACCCAGAAGGAGAUUGCUCUCUUCACACUCACCCAGAUUCAGCCCAGAGUUGUCUCUUUCGAGGAACAGGCACUUGUUAUUAGAGAAAAGCUUGCGGCUUUGUAUGAAUCAGAGCAGGAAUGGUCUAGAGCUGCCCAGAUGUUGAGUGGCAUUGAUCUUGACUCUGGAAUGAGGGCUGUUGACGAAAACUUCAAGCUCUCAAAGUGUAUCCAAAUUGCUCGUUUGUAUCUCGAGGAUGAUGAUGCUGUAAAUGCAGAGACCUAUAUAAAUAAAGCUUCUUUCUUGGUGAACAGCAGUCAGAAUGAAGUUUUAAAUUUGCAGUACAAGGUCUGCCAUGCUAGAAUUCUGGACAUGAAAAGAAAGUUCUUAGACGCUGCACUUCGGUAUUACAGCAUAUCUCAGAUUGAAAAACGCCAAAUAGGGGAUGAAGAGAUUGAUGAGAAUGCACUAGAGCAAGCCCUAUCUGCUGCUGUGACAUGUACCAUAUUAGCUGGAGCUGGUCCUCAGCGUUCUCGUGUUCUUGCAACUUUAUAUAAAGAUGAACGCUGCUCCAAGCUUAAGAUCUAUCCCAUCCUGCAGAAGGUUUAUCUGGAAAGGAUUUUAAGGAAACCAGAGAUUGAUGCUUUUGCGGAAGAAUUAAGGCCACAUCAGAAAGCAACUUUGCCUGACAAAUCCACUGUUCUUGACCGUGCCAUGAUUGAGCAUAACCUUCUGAGUGCAAGCAAACUUUACACUAACAUAAGGUUUGAUGAGUUGGGAACUCUACUGGGAAUUGACCCAACUAAGGCGGAGAAGAUAGCAUCUAAUAUGAUUGGCCAAGACAGAAUGAGAGGUUCCAUCGAUCAGGAAGAGGCUGUGAUACAUUUUGAAGAUGACAUUGAGGAACUACAGCAAUGGGACCAUCAGAUAUCAGGAUUAUGCCAAGCUCUCAACGACAUUCUGGAUGGGAUGGCGAAGAAAGGCCUACCUGUUCCUGUCUGAUUCAUUACGAGCUGUGAGAGGUGGACUUGAAUAUAAAGCCGAAGAGUCUCAUAUCCUAAGCUUUUGCCCUAUGCUGUGUUUUGAAAACGAUUUACAUUCGUUUCAUAUUUUGAUGUCUUAAGUGUUUUUUACAAAUUCAUGUCCAUUCCUUUAGGUUAAUUUGAUAUUGAGAAAAAAGAUUGGGCAUGGAAUGAGGAUUUUUAAGAACCAUUUGCAGAUUUUUAUUACGCAUUCAAAAGAGGUUUAGGGGUACA